CGAGAGGCAAGUGGUCAGUCCAGUUCUUACUCUCCAUCGGUCUGUUAUCCGUCCGCUGCGUUCGGCGUUCUCUCUGUUUCUGUCUCCGUCUACGUCCUCGUCUCCGUCCGUGGUCCGAAGGAACCCAAGCUUCUAUUACCAUGGCGAUCUUGUCCUGGUUAUCCCGUGUGCGUUCUUCAUCAAAAACCAUGAUCAAUAAUCUCCGGACCUCACCUUUUCAUAAUUAUUCGAAUCAAAAUGCACGCAUCAGAAAUGUUCUCAACCCAGAGAAAAGAAUCCCAUGGUGGUUAAGUUCUGUUCUUCCCAUUUCCCUUGCAGCAUAUGCUGGAUUCCUUCACACCCAAACAAACCCUUCACUCUGUGACGCCUCCAAUCUUGAUGCCCGAGUUGCAAGCAUUGGAGGCAAAGGUAGCACAGAUUAUGUAGUAAAGGGCUCUCGCAAGGAUGUUCCGCAAGAGCUUAUUGACGAACUGAAGGCUAUAUGUCGUGGUAACAUGUCUAUGGAUUAUGAAGAGAGGUACUUCCAUGGAAAACCACAGAACAGCUUUCACAAGGCAGUAAAUAUUCCUGAUGUGGUUGUUUUUCCAAGAUCUGAGCAAGAGGUGUCUGAGAUAGUUAAAUUGUGUAACAAGCAUGAGGUUCCCAUUGUACCAUAUGGUGGCGCUACAUCAAUCGAAGGUCACACUUUGUCUCCUAAUGGUGGUGUGUGCAUUGACAUGUCGUUCAUGAAACAUAUUAAGUCAUUACAUGUGGAAGAUAUGGAUGUUACUGUGGAGCCUGGGAUUGGAUGGAUUGAACUUAAUGAAAUCCUGGAACCUUAUGGUUUAUUCUUUCCCCUUGACCCUGGGCCUGGUGCAACCAUUGGGGGAAUGUGUGCUACACGUUGCUCUGGUUCUUUAGCUGUAAGGUAUGGAACUAUGCGGGAUAAUGUCAUCAGUCUCAAGGUAGUUCUUGCCAAUGGAGAUAUUGUCAAGACAUCAUCACGUGCACGAAAGAGUGCUGCAGGGUACGAUUUGACCCGCUUGAUGAUUGGAAGUGAAGGAACUUUGGGUGUAAUUACUGAAGUUACUUUACGUCUUCAAAAAAUUCCGCAGUAUUCAGUGGUAGCAAUGUGUAACUUCCCUUCAAUUAAGGAUGCGGCAGAUGUUGCUAUUGCCACCAUGUUAUCUGGCAUACAGGUAUCAAGGGUAGAGUUGUUAGAUGAGGUGCAAAUCAAGGCUAUCAAUAUUGCUAAUGGAAAGAAUUUGCCUGAAGUUCCAACUUUGAUGUUUGAAUUUAUAGGCACAGAAGCAUAUUCACGUGAGCAAACAAUGCUGGUUCAGAAGAUUGCUUAUGAGCACAAUGGAACUGAUUUUGUUUUUGCUGAAGACCCUGAAGCUAAAAGGGAACUUUGGAAGAUAAGGAAGGAGGCACUCUGGGCUUGCUUUGCCAUGGCACCCAAUUUUGAAGCAAUGAUUACGGAUGUUUGCGUUCCUCUAUCACGCCUUGCAGAACUAAUAUCCAGAUCCAAACUGUUAAUAGAUGCAUCACCGUUGGUUGGCACAGUUGUUGCUCAUGCUGGUGAUGGAAACUUCCACACAUUGAUUCUAUUUGAUCCUAACCAAGAAGAACAACGGCAAGAAGCUGAGAGGCUAAAUCAUUUCAUGGUCCAUACUGCCUUGUCAAUGGAAGGAACGUGUACAGGAGAACAUGGUGUGGGCACUGGGAAAAUGAAGUACCUUGAAGAAGAGUUGGGAAUGGAGGCUUUGAGGACAAUGAAAAGAAUAAAAGCAGCUUUAGAUCCCAACAAUAUCAUGAAUCCAGGAAAAAUCAUUCCUCCUCAUGUUUGUUUCUAAAAAUCUCGAUGAAAAUUCAUUCCUCUUCUUAAAAUUUGCUUGUCUACAUGUGCAACAAACACUUACAAGAUCUCUCUGUUCUUUUGUUUAUAAUCAAACCUAAGUAGAGAAUGUUUCCUAUGUAUAAGAUGAGUGAAAGGGGCUUGUGGUCAAGUUUGUUUAGUAUUAAACAAUGAAAUCUAUCAAAAUGUUGAUGAUUCUUUCCUUUAAUAAUGUCACUUUCUUCUUGUGAAAAA